AUGCCGAUCCCGGACUUUGCCAACGAGGCAAUCUUCCCAAUCUUCGAGGGCCUCCCCAUCGAGGAACCCGGCGCCGCCGAUCCACCCUCCUACGCCGCAUCCUCGGAACCGCCCUCCUACGCGCCGCCCGCGCCGGCCCCUUCCGACCCGCCAUCCUACACGGACUCCCAAUCGGGCUCCGGCUCCGCUAAAGCCUCCGCCUCUGCCUCUUCCGCCUCCUCAUCGACGGCAGUCACGAGACCAUCCCCCUCCGCUCACGACGCCCGCGAAGAAUGGUUCCUGAUAGCACAGGUCAAACAAAACAUGACCAUUACCAAACCCACGCUCGUGGUCGUCGAUCGUCAGCAGACGGAGUUCGCCGUCACCUUUGAGGACCGCGGUAUCGAUUUGCGGCCUGUCAAGGGCGGGUGGACGAUUGUUGUGCCGCGCGGGGUGAGGACUGCGCCCAAGGGCGGGAAGAGGGGGUUUGUGAGGGUGCCGGAGGGGAAGGGGACGGGGGUGAAGUAUAUUCCUGGCGGGCUGGAACAGAUUGGGGAGCUGGGGGCGAGGGACUGCCAGAAGGAGGACUGGAAGAAGCACAAGGGGGACUGCAAGGUUCUCAAGGCCAUGGCGAACGCGUGGGGGAUAUGA